CAGUAAUGUCAUCAUAUUUUGCUCUGUCAUAUAAGAAGAGCAGCCUACCAAAGCGAGUAACUAAGCACAUGUGUAAUGUUCUGUCACUGAACUGCUUUCAGUUGUUGCUUUUCCACCAAACCUGAGUUUCAUCCUGAUUGAAGACAAAACUGAAAACUUUGGGAAAAGGAUGGCAGUUAACAAUAUUUUUACUGAAAAUAAUGACUAUCUAAUGUCAUUUUUGUAUGAGUCUUGGAUGAACAAUACGCAGAAUAGCACCUUCACUCUAGAUCCUGACACAAUACCGUGCAACUACACAGUCAAUAAUGAGGCUGCAGGUAUACUUCUUUGUGUUGUCUACAUCCUGAUCUUCUUCCUAGCCAUUCUGGGUAACAUUAUUGUGAUUGUUGUCAUCAGUCAUAACAGGCAGUCCAUGUCAUCAACUGACACAUACCUUCUGCACCUCAGCAUUGCAGAUAUGUUGUUUGCUACCACUCUACCUUUCUGGGUUACCAACACCUUAAAAGAAUGGGUCUUUGGGGAUUUCCUCUGCAAGGCAAUAAGUAUGGUCCAAGAAGUUAACUUCUACAGCAGCAUACUGUUCUUGGCUUGCAUCAGUGUUGACCGAUACCGAGCUAUUGUCAAAGCCCAUAAGCACAGACAUCCAAUUUUUACAAGAUUGUCGUGUGUAGUAAUCUGGGGUUUUGGCAUUUUUUUCUCUUUGCCUGUUUUGUUCCGAUCUGCAUUUAAGGCAGUUUAUAAUGGCAAGCUUGUUUGCUAUGAGGACUAUAAUGAUAAAACACAUCUCCAGUGGAGAAUGAUUACAUGGCUAUUACGUCACAUCAUUGGUUUUUUAUUGCCCUUGAGUGUCAUGCUAUUCUGCUAUGGUGCCACUAUCAGAAGAAUAUUCCAGUCCAAGAACUUUGAGAAGAAGAAGGCUAUGAAGGUAAUCAUAGCAGUUGUGCUAGUAUUUCUUGUUUGCUGGUUGCCUUAUAAUGUUGUCAUAUCUAUUGACACAUUAUUAAGGUGCAGAGUCAUGGAAGAAACCUGCCAACUUAGGAAUCGCAUUCUAACAGCAUUGUCAGUCACGCACAGUUUGGCACUCUUACACAGCUGUAUAAACCCUAUCCUCUAUGCUUUCAUAGGAGUAAAGUUUCGAUACAAUGUCCUCAAAAUCCUCAUGAAGCAAGGCAUACUCAACAAAAGCUUUGUGCGAAAGUACGCUCGAUCAUUUUCAGUUUCUUCUGACUCUACCAUGUCUUCUACGACAUUAUAGUUUACUAUCAGGAGGAGCACAAUGAACAUAUCAAAAAUAAACAGGAAGAACCUGUGAUGCAUUUUUUGCCAAGAGUUAUAAGGCAACGUUGUGAUGAUGUCUGAACAACUCAGUGAAGAACAAAAAUUAAUGUAUGAAAAACUUACACAAACACAAAGGUUGAAGGCUGUUGAAAUAUCCUCAUGUCCAAUAGACUGCAGGAAUAAUGUAAGGUUUUUAAGACAGCUUUCACUUUGAUUUUGAAAUUCAGUACCUUGAAGGUAUACAAAUGCAGAAAUAUUUAGCAAGCUGCAGGUUUCUAAAGAUCUAAGUGGCUCAGCAAUGUAUACGUGCUGUGAACUAUUCCAAGAUUACCUUAUGACCAUAUGCAGUGAUACUGUCUUGCUGUCAGACAUUAGACAAGCACUCUGUCUGACAGAAAUAGGAAGUCAAAGGCAAAUGGAAUUUUGAACUUUAAAAGCAAUCACAGACAUUGCAAGUUUGUCUUAUUUUACAUAUUCAUGCUUGAAAUAGUUAAAAUUAUAAACAUGGUGUUUGGAUCUUAAUUCUUACUAUUAAUGUCUGUAGUAGUUUGCAUGUUUUUCAUGUAUGUUCAUCAGUAAUAGUUGUGUAAAACUUACAAUUAAGAAAUUUAAAAGUGUAGCCUGAGAUAAUUAAUGGAUUAUUUGAACAAAGUGUGUGGCAGUAACUGCACUUUCACCCUGAACAAAUAAUUACAUGUAUACUUGUUUGAAAAGAGAAUAAGCCAUUUAGCUUCUGCCCUUCUUCUAUCUUUGCAUUCAUCCUUCCACUUUUACUUUCACCACUUGUUCCAUACCCUGCUGAAUGUUUCAAUGGAUUCCAUCUCCAACACCCAUUUUAAUAGGACAUUUUAUAUAUACACAGUCUUCUCUGUGAUGAAGUAUUUUUUCAGAUCUAGGGCAAAGACUCUUAUAAGCUUCUGCCUCUACUCUCUUACCUAUUCCACCCUUCUUGCUCACCUUAGCCCUAUCAUAUCUCCAGGACAUAAUUUUAUAUCCCUAUAUAAUGUCCCCCUCUUUCUGUUUCUACAGCAUCUCAUCUUCCUUGGUCAGACAUUUUCCCCAGUGACUUUGUUCACUCCCCCUUUUCAUAGUUUUCUUUGGACUUCUGACAACAGCCUGAUAUAUCUCAUCUAAAGAUCCGAGACACCUGAUGCAGGCAGUUUUCAAGUUAUGGCCUGACCAGGGCACAUGCGAGUGGUAGCAUUACCUGUUUGUUUCAGGAAUGCAUUAUCUUAAAGAUAACACCCCAGUUUUCUGUUUACUCCUCCCAUGGCCAUCUCACUCUACCAUUGGAAGUCCAAUCUAGAUAUGCCAGUCUGUUUUUCUCCCCUGAUAGGUUUAGUUUUACUCCCAUCAGCUGAUACCUUACAUCAGAAUUGACAUCAUUUUAAACUAGUGUGGCUGAAACUAUGACAAUCAUUGCUUUAUCAGUAUUUUACUACAACAGCUUGUUAGUCAUAUUAAUUUGCAUCCAUCCAUCCAACCACAACUCCUUUUUCCCAUUUUUGCACAUAGGGUCAGGGUGGCACUUCAACAGUGACAAUCAUCUAGAGCCAAGGUUCACAUUGCCAGGUGGCUAGCCCUGCCAUGGUUGUUCUUUCACACCACACACUCAUACGCACACUCAUAUCUAUAGUCAGUUUGGAGUGUCCAAUCUACCUACUGCAUGUCUUUGGAAUGUGGAAGGAAACCAGAGCACCCAGGGGGAAACCCACGUAACCACAAUAAGGACAUGCAGACUCCACACAGAAGGCAUUGCAAUCCUCUGCACCACUGUGCCACUAUAAAGACUUUUUUAGUUUUUAUAUCACAAUAUUGCUUAAAUGUUGCAAGACUGACAAUUAAAUAAGUCUAGGAAGACCACUGUUAACAGAAUGUCUAACGAUUUUAUUAGAAAAAGAACAGCUACAACUGAAACAUCUUAAGUUUUUCAUGGAUGGAUAUACAAGUUUUGAAUAGCAUUUCUGGAAAUAUUAACCAUGCAAAAAUUAAAACAGGCAAUAAAUGUUUGGACACUGUAA